AUGGCGACGCCAUUCCUUAUCUCCUGCCCCUCCAACGCCACCUCCGGACUCACCAUCAAGCAGAUCGCCUACUUCGGGCGGGUGCUGGUGAAGGUCUCGAGUCUUUCCGAGGCUGAGCAAUUCCUGCGCCAGAACUUCCGUCACCUUGAUGUCUUCGUCGAUGCGACUGCCAUCUCCUCCGCCGGCGAUCUCGUCGAUGUCCUCAACGCCGGUGCCGCCAAGAUCCUCAUUACCCUCGACCAAUUGACCGCGCUCUCUCAGGAACAAUCGGUUCCUUCCUCACGUUUACUUGUCAAUGCCCUGUCAGACACCGAGUUGGACACUUUCCAGCAGUGGAUCACUGCCAAUGCCUCCGAGCGCAACGACGCGAGCGUCUGCACUGCUCCAGCCUCGAUCCAAGCCGCGGCCACCAAGUUGAACAUCAGCUCUGAUUCUCCUCGUCUUUACACUACUUUCGGCAGCCAGGUCGUUUCGGAGGAAUUAGUGAAGUCGGUCAUUCAGCAAAAUGCAAUUGCAAUCAUUCCCUCUCAGGUCCUGACCGUUGAGCGGGAUGUGGCGGGUCAGAUCUCUGCCGCCAGGCUUAUUGCUUCGCGCGCUGUCACUGACCAGACCAAUGGCCUGUAUGCGACAUCAGUCACUGAUGAGCGUGGAGCCUGCCUGGGCUUUGUGUGGAGCAGUGACGAGAGCAUUGCCGAGGCCAUUCGUACUGGCACCGGUGUCUACCAGAGCCGCAAGCGCGGACUGUGGUACAAGGGCCAGUCCAGCGGUGAUACCCAAGAACUGAUCCGCGUCGGCUACGACUGUGAUGCCGAUUGUUUGGUCUUUGUGGUCAAGCAAACUGGACGAGGCUUCUGCCACCUCGGUACUGAGACCUGCUUUGGCGCCUCUGCCGGUCUUUCUCGUCUUCAGAAAACCCUCCACGAACGCAAAGCUGAUGCUCCCGCCGGAUCAUACACCGCACGCCUGUUCAAUGAGCCUAAGCUCGUGGAGGCUAAGGUCAUGGAGGAGGCUGAGGAGCUGUGCCGCGCAACCACCAAGGAGGAAAUUGCCUUUGAGGCUGCUGAUCUGUUCUACUUUGCUCUGACCAAGUGUACCGCUGCCGGUGUGACUUUGGAAGACAUUGAGCGCAACCUCGACCUUAAGAGCCUGAAGGUCAAGCGCAGAAAGGGCGACGCCAAGGGCCCUUGGGCUGAGAAGGCUGGCCUGGUUUCAUCUGAGUCCAAGCCUGCUGCUCCUGCCCCUGCCCCUGCACAGCCGCCGGCGGAGGAUCGCACCUCGCGCAUUGAAAUGCAGCGUGUUAUUACUACCUCCACUCCCGCUAGCGAGGUCCGGGACUUCCUCAAACGUCCUUCUCAGAAGUCUAACGAAGCCAUCGUUGCUCUGGUAAAGCCGAUCAUUCAGGAUGUCCGGGAAGGUGGCGAUGCUGCCGUACUCAAGUACACUCACAAGUUCGAGAAGGCCACCUCGUUGACCUCUCCCGUCAUCCACGCCCCCUUCCCGCCUGAACUCAUGAAAUUGACACCUGAUGUCCAGGAGGCCAUUGAUAUUAGCAUCGGUAACAUCCAACGGUUCCACUCCGCGCAGAAGGGAAGCAACGAUGCUUUGAAGAUGGAGACCAUGCCUGGCGUCAUCUGCUCCCGCUUCUCGCGUGCUAUUGAACGAGUUGGUCUGUACAUCCCCGGUGGCACAGCUGUGCUGCCCUCCACAGCUAUGAUGCUGGGUGUUCCUGCCAUGGUGGCCGGGUGUCAGAAGAUUGUUCUGGCCUCACCUCCUCGCUCUGACGGUAGCAUCUCGCCUGAGAUUGUCUACGUCGCCCACAAAGUCGGCGCCGAGAGCAUUGUUCUGGCCGGAGGUGCUCAGGCUGUGGCAGCCAUGGCCUACGGUACUGAGAGCAUCAGCAAGGUUGACAAAAUCCUUGGCCCUGGUAACCAGUUCGUUACCGCGGCCAAGAUGUUCGUCUCCAAUGAUACAUCUGCGGGUGUCAGUAUCGAUAUGCCCGCUGGUCCCAGCGAAGUCCUUGUGAUCGCCGACAAGUCUGCCAACCCCGCCUUCGUUGCCUCUGAUCUGUUGAGUCAGGCCGAGCACGGUGUUGACUCGCAGGUUAUCCUCAUCGCCGUCGACCUGAGCGAGAAGGAGCUCCGUGAUAUCGAGGACGAAGUCGAUGCCCAGGCCAAGGCACUGCCACGUAUGGACAUUGUCCGCGGCUCCCUCGCACACUCGUUCACCCUCGUGGUGAAGGAUAUCAACGAGGCUAUGGCUCUCAGCAACGAGUAUGCCCCCGAGCACUUGAUCCUGCAGGUUAAGGGCCCCGAAGCGAUUGUCGAGCAGGUCCAGAAUGCCGGCAGUGUAUUCAUCGGUCCUUGGACCCCGGAGAGUGUCGGUGACUAUUCCGCCGGUGUGAACCACUCUUUGCCUACUUAUGGCUACGCCAAGCAAUACUCCGGUGUCAAUCUGGGCUCUUUCCUGAAGCACAUCACCAGCUCUAACCUGACUGCUGAUGGUCUGCUGGGUCUUGCGAAGACCGUCGAGACUCUCGCCGCAGUCGAAGGUCUGGAGGCUCACAAGCGGGCCAUUAGCAUCCGCGUCGCCCAGAUGCAAAAGGAUCGCUCGUAG